ACGUUUUUAUGAUUUAGACGUGAAAAAUUUGGGUAGCUUUUAGUUUAGAUAACGCGACGAUGGUUACGCUAGUGCGUGUAGUCAUCAAAAAAUAAGUGAAAAUAUUUUUAAUAGAACGUGAUACUUGAAUAAUUGGAAAGUUGAAUAUAGCUAUUAAAAUUGUCUUGAUUCAGUUGUUAUGCUCCAUAUACUUAUGCUAGUUUUGGAAGAAGUAAUAUUUGUUGAAAUAUGCUGAUAACGCAGUAGUACUAUUAUUCCAGACAAAGAACUAACGCCGUACCAAUUAAAAUGGAGUCGCUUUUCAGGCCAGACAGAUCACAUCUUUAAACGCAGGUACAUACACGCACCUACGAAUCUAGCAGGCUUUCUUUUUCUCGCACGGUUAUGCUAAUGUGCGGCGCGUGUAACAUUUCGGCAUUUUUGCAGUUCAAUACGUGACAGUUAAUACUAUUAGUGUACCUGUGUGUUUUUGUUACAUUAUCGCGCAUGCUAAUACACCUGGACCAGCAAAGCACGGCAUUCGCGGUAUUGUCAUAAACCGGAUUAUAUUGCCAGAAGUCGGACAAGUAGCUUAGAAUCGAGGUGGAGAGUCAAGAACCACAGAAAAGUGAGAAUUGAAGAAGGAAUAAAGGCUCAAAUGGCCGCGACAGUUUGUUAUGACGAUCAUAUGGGCCACUACAACGGCAUGGCAGCAACGGAUAUGAGCACAAACAACUCGGUAAGCGGAGGAUUAUACAACGGUGAAAUCAAUCGGUCGAUGCCGCAUAUUCCGCACAUCAAUCACGGUGGAUCUAUGUCGCAUUACCCGGCCUCUGCGCCUAUCACUCCUCAGUCAAACUCUAUGCAUAAUACACAAGCACCUGGAUCAUCAGGCAUAGACGAUAGGCUAAAUGACACAGAACGUUUGAACAUGAAACGUGAUAAAGACACAAUUUAUUCACAUCCCUUGUUUCCUCUACUAGCACUCGUAUUUGAAAAAUGCGAACUUGCAACUUGCACACCGCAUGAUUCUACCGUAACAGCCAGUGAUGUAUGUUCCUCAGUCUUUAACGAAGAUAUUGCUUGUUUUGCUAAGCAGAUUCAAAAUGAAAAAAGACCGAUAUCUUUCGACCCAAACAAUGAAAUUGAUAAUUUGAUGAUUUUGUCGAUACAAGUUUUAAGGUUCCAUCUACUAGAAUUGGAAAAGGUCCACGAACUGUGCCAGAAUUUUACUUCACGUUAUAUCAAUUGCUUAAAAGGAAAAAUGCCGAUCGAUUUAGUAAUAGAAGACCGGAUGGGUCGGGUAAAAGCAAUCGAAGGAUUGGAACCUGGUUCAUCGGGGUCAGAACAGUCCUUCUUCCCACAAGAUAUACCGAAUAUUUCGGGACCCGAUCCUGUGACGUCAUUAGGUGCAGGAAACAGCAGUUCAGUUGGAAACGUUACUCCAGCGUCAUCCUCAAUUAACCAUCUUCAUCACCAAAAUCAACAACAAUCAAGUCAUCACCAACAUCCUAAUAUGAACAACACAGAAUCUGCAAGUCCAACAGAAAGUACUCUGGAAGGAAGUACCUAUUCAGGAGAAGGUGGGGCUGAAGACAAUGAUUCCGAUCCCUGCAAGAAGCCACAAAAGAAGCGAGGAAUUUUUCCAAAGCAAGCAACAAAUAUCAUGAGAGCAUGGCUCUUUCAAAAUUUAACACAUCCUUAUCCGUCCGAAGAGCAAAAGAAAUCACUAGCUAGCCAGACAGGAUUAACCAUACUGCAAGUUAAUAACUGGUUUAUCAAUGCAAGGCGGAGAAUCGUGCAACCCAUGAUUGACCAAUCAAAUAGAGCAGUGAGUGGUGCAAUGGGCGGUUACAGUCCUGAUGGUCAACCCAUGGGUGGAUUCUUGAUGGAAGGACAAGGCCCUCAUAUGCCAUUGCAAUACGGCUGGCCAUCAGGUAUGCAAGCGGCAGACAUGAUGGCAGCUAGAAACAUGCAGUUUAAUCCUUCUGUAACGAUGUCACCAUCGCACCAUCAUCAUCACGGAGCAGGAGCUGGCGGCCUAUCUCAUCAAUUACGGCCACCCCCGGUACACACACAGGCUAUGGCGCUGCUUCCAGGCCAGUACCCAAAUCCGCACGCUGCUGCAGCAGCAGCGAUGAUGAUGCCUCAUCACACUGGACCGGGUCUCGGACAUUCUCAUAGCCAUCACCCCGGACAAAGCCCGACAGGCAGCUUUAGUGAAUCAUAUCGGUACCCUGGCUCUCACGUGUUAACUAUUGCUGGCGUUGAACAAAAUUGAUGUUUUGUGUUCAAGAGUGAAGCUUACUCGUGCUGGCCAUAACCGAGUACAUGUUUGUUGGCGACGCGUAAAGAUCUCACAUGUGAUGUCGAUUGUCGGAUGAAGUCCCAACUGUACCAUCGCGGAAAACUACGAAAACACCCUGGUUUAUAUUCAAAGAAGCCGUCCAUGAUUUCAAAUACUGAUGCCGUAUGUGCAGAAUGACAUACAAUUCAUUUUAUCAUCGACGAUGACAUCAAAUUCAGUCAAUCAUCGAGAACGUAAAAUUUGAUUUCUAUAACAGUUUACUGUAGGAUUGGACUAAUUGCGAUUGAUACUUGAUUUUACAAUAAUGUACAGAAUAACAAAAUUCCUGGAGAGCAAACUUCAUGACCCGCAGAAUUUUUAAGAAUUUAUAUAAAUAGUUUUAUAAUCUAAUAGCGUGGAAGGUCAAGAAGUAAUUUCAAAUUCAACCCUACAAGGGUUUCCCUACGCCACAAUAAAUAUAAGCGCAGAAUUUGGUCCAAACACUGGAUUAUUUUUUAUUAGAACUUAAAUGACAUUUAACUACUACCGUAAAAAUUUUAAGUUGUUUCCUCUGCGUCCGUGAAAGUGCUUCGGAAUGGGGCCAAUUUGUAUCCUUAAAAACGCACAAAAAAUAUUGUCUAUCCUUGUAGCUCGUCUCAGGGACGCUGGGGAAAUGCUAUCAGAAAUAAAAAUUUUAAAGGAAGUAAACAAAUUUGUAUCAUUGGAAGAUAAAGUUGCAACAGUUGCUCAGUUCACACAAAUAAUUAAAUCUAAUCAAUGUAAUAAACCUCCAGAUUAUUAUACAUGUGUCGAAUGUGUUUUCAUUAUUAUUUUUAUUGUUCACAACAUUCACAAGCACCGUUUCUUUGUUUUUGUAUUUCAUUUUUUGCUCUGACGAUGAGCUUUCUUACAUUCUUUUUAACAUUGAUUCUUUUCUAUUGUUUACUAUUAUUGUUAUUAUUAUUAAUAUUGUUAUUCUUAAAUUUCCAGUAUUCUUAUUCUAUCGACUCAAAGAACGAAGAAUUUUAAUAAAGGGUAAAGGCGAUCGUG